GCUUAGGCUUACUCACUUACUUUCAUCUGUAACGCGGCGAUGUCACGCUGCUUCUUUUCUAAUCUCUAAUCUCAGUGAAUAUUACAGACUAACAAAUGGCAACUCUUUUCUGGACACUCCUGACACUGUAUCCGUUUGUGGCUUAUUCUCAAAGUGGAGAUGAUGGAGAGUCCAUUGACACUGACUGCUGGUCGUUGAUGACCUUAAAACAGUGCAGUCUAAUCUGUGUCCUGAAUGAGUAUGACCUCGACAUUUGUGAGCAAUUUGCAACACUUUGUCGUGAUGGUCCACAAGGUGAAGUUUCUGAAUGUUCCAAUGCAACUUUGGAAAGUAACAGAUUCACUUUUUGGAAUCUGAGUCCUGUAUCAGAGUAUAAACUGCAAAUCCACUUAAAAGGAGGACGACGCCAAACACAAAAGUGUGAACUGGUGAAAAUGGUUAAAAUUACAACUCCUGAGAUUGAAAAUGCUACGUAUAAGCUUGAUGAGGCGGUUAUACACAUAAGAUACAUGCAUGACUAUGUCAAAACACCUGAUUUCGAAAUGGAAUUCUGGGGAGACCAUUCCAAAGUUAAAGAGAAGAUGAAAGUGAAAUACCAACAAAUGAGCAUACAGGGAGACAAGCUGAGAGACAGUGAGAUAUACAACGUACACGUCAGAGCCAAACCUGUGGACUUUUUUCAUGGGAGCUGGACCGAGUGGAGCGCAGUGAAGAGCUUCAAAGUGAACCACACCACAGUGAAGGGUUCAGAUGCUCCUGUUCUGUACAUCCUCCUCUGCAUAUCUCCCAUUGUGUUGGUUGCCAUCGGGUUUCUGAUCCUACGAUGGAAGAAAGAGAUACAGACCUGCCUUUUCCCAGAUGUUCCAGACCCAAAAGCUACUCUUGCUCAAAUCCACAGACAAAAAGAGCACUUACCUGUGAGUUUCAGCCCGGAAAUCUUCAAGGAUAUCAACAUUUAUCCUGUGGUUUACUCUGAGGAGAAGCAGUUCACCCCUGACUUUGGUGAUGAUCAGAGUAACACCACAGAAUCCUGCGAUGAUGAGGUUGAAGCUUUGAAAUGUUCCCGUCCCGCUUCAAUGUGUGAGAAGCAGGAAGAAGAUGACCAAAGUCUGGAUUCAGAGACAAUGAAAAUUAAGCUGCUGGAUGAACGUGCAUCUGCUGAGGAUGUACGCGAUAAUCCUGGCUGCCAAAGUGUAGUGGCUCUACAAAGACAUUCUAAGGACGAGACGUAUGUCACCAUGUCAAGCCUCUAUAAAACCCAGUGAGACGGGGAAAAACUCACAACAGGUAAAUCUCUCACCAUUAGCUGCUCAUUUUGUCAGGCUGCUCUUAUCCUCAUCAGACUGUCAGUUAGUAAUUAUCAACCAGAUACCAGAUGUCCAAUAAUCAACAAAUGGCAAAUCAAUGCAAAGUUAUGGAUAUUAUGCAUUAUUGACAGGUCUAGUAAACACCUACAUUAUAGCUGACAUAAAAAGGAAAUAUGGUAACAGUGUGUAGGCAACUAUACAACAGGUUCAAACAAUCCAGUAUCGCUCGCUGCUAAUUUCCUCUGAAUGUUUCAAAAAACCAUGAACUUGAACUCCAAAUGCUUAACAGUGUUGUGGUGUGAUUUCCUUCACCGUACAUGCCAGAGCAAGGCUUUGUACCUACUAAUAUGAGUCAUCAAAUUAAAGCACCACCGAAAUAUGUGUGGGUGGAUUGCGGAGCAAUGAGAAGAGUUGGCGCUGAUUCUUGUAAGAGGAACUCAUCAUAUGUAAAACCACCAGUGUUGAAAGUUGAGCCCAUGAAAACGUUCAUUACUGUUUAGCCUAGCAACCAAGUGAAACAUAGUGAAACAAUAGUGCUACUAGAGAAGCUAUUUUGAAUCAAGUAGCUUGUAAUUAGUUAAAAUAGAUAGCUUAAUUUAUGUUGCUAUGACGCAUCUGACCAUUAAACACACAACAAAUGACUCAAAGAGAUUCCUGACUGCUAAUACGGCCAAACUGUUUACUUGCAAUUUAAAAAAAAAUAAAAAUUAGCUGACAUGCUAACAUCAAUAAUGUAGCUUCAGUAAUGUAGUUUCAAUUUGGUUAUGCUACUUUUGCCAUACAGCUUGCAGUGCAGCUAGCUUGCUUAAGCUAACUGCAUUUUUUAAAAUAGCUUGACCAGCAUUUCCUAUUUAGUAUUAUUCCAGUUAACUAUAGGAUUAUCUACUGUAUAGUGAUAAUUUUUUAAACUUGUUAAGUGUACCUUAAAGAGUGGAAAUAUGAAAUGUGAUACACAGGGAAGGCUGUUAAUGCAGAGAAUAAUUGAAUGUCACCAUAAUGUUUUAACACAUCCUCAUGAACUUGUCUUGCAAACCAUUUCCCCUUGGGGGAAACCCAGAUGUAAUCUUAAAGGCCGUUCCAUCACUCUGUUAGCUCAAAUGAAGUGAGGGAUUGACUCAACAUAUAUGUAGAAUUCAGGGGAAGAAAGAUUCUGAAUUUAGGAAGUAAAAAUGCACAGAAUUGAACAUUCUCCUAAAGUCACGUGUUAUCCUCCAGACUACAUUUUGGAUGUAUUUCUCUUCAGUGUACAUAACAAAAGUGUCAACUUUGUGACAGUAUGUUGUAUGUAUGUACAACCUUUGCACAUGAAACUACACUGUAAUGCAUCAGCACAGCUUCUGUUUCGAUUUUGCCAUUGAAUGGUUUGUAGAUUUGGACAAAACCACUGGCAUUUCCAAAGAAGUGCAAAUGUGUUUUAAAAUGCUGAAACCGCUUAAUAAUCAUGUAUGGCACAAAGUUGCUGUUAGCAUUUUUGGAGUUCAGUCCUUCCAAGACAUGAGCACUUAAUUAAUCAUCACCGCGGAUGACAUACAGUAAUACAGCUGCUAGCCUCAGUCACUAUUAUAGUAACGACUGCUGGUGCCAGUCAGUAUACCGUAUUCCUUUUCUUUUGUACUUGUGUAUGAAUAGUUCAGAAGAUCAGACAGGAAUGUACUCUCACACAGCUGCACUGACAGCAAAGGUUUUAAUAGCAUUACAAUUUUUUUUUUUUUUUCACAAAUAUCAAGUGUUAUGUUUUCUUGUGGUUUAUACAUAACUUGUAUUUGUAUUACAAUUUACAUUUUCUCCUGAAAAUGGGCCUCAUUUAUCAAUCUUUCAGUAAAGCUGUGUGUAAAUAAUAAUAAAUAAAAAUAAAAAUUUCCAUGAAGGUAUCAGAAACCCUGCUUUUCUUUUGUAAGCCCAUGCAUACGUUGAUAAAUACCAAUUGCCUGUAAGUUAUCACGUUCACAGUAGAGCUGAUUUACAUUUACUGAUGCCCACAAAACUCCAUAAAAGGCAAAUGUGAAAAUGACAAAAUGAUGACUAAACAGGGAAAGACCAUCUCUUAAGCACAGUGUGUGCUGAUCCAUUGCAGCACAUCAUCAAACACUGACACAAUUUUAGCUUCUUUUAUAGGGUGCCAUUACUUUUGUUGUAAUCGAACGGCUACUCUUAUUUGUCUUCAUUUAUGGAUCUGUUUUUGAUUGAAAUCUUUCAUGUUAUUGAUAUGAAAUGACUGAGUUUCAUGUAUGUAUGUAUGUAUAUAUAUAUAUAUAUAUAUAUAUAUAUAUAUAUAUAUAUAUAUAUAUAUAUAUAUAUAUAUAUAUAUAUAUAUAUAUAUGUAAAUAUAAAUGAACUCAUUGCUAAAAAUACCAUUUGAAGUCAAUCACUCAAGGUUCACAUUUCCACAAACUCAGGAGUUCAAAUUUUUCCAAACAAAAUGGAUUUUCAUAAAUACCACAUUUUUUUGUGUAAAUACUCUGAGAACCAUUUACGAAUAAAUCUGUUCAUAUCCAGCUUGAUAAA